GGUGAGGUCCUGUAUGCAGCUUGGGCAAAGUCUUGCAGCCUGACGUGAGCAGUUCAAGAUAGGUUGCGUUUUUUUUACUUGUACACAGUAAUUACCAUACUUCCUACAGUCAUUGAACAUGCCAUCUGACGCAAGGGAAGUAGGUGUGUGUGGGUCUGUGUGCAAACGGACUGCAUUCUGUAUGCUGAAGCAUUAUUAAGGCUCUGGCCAGCCAAUGGGGUGGCGCCCGUUAAUCCCUGCUCGGUUAAAACCCCGGGCGAGUCCAGAGGAGGCUCUAAUGUGCACAGACAGUCAGUGGAGACAGAGAUCGACGCAGGCACAGGAAGGCUGGAAGUUUUGUUCUGGAAAUGUGCGAUGUUCUAAAAGAGUUAACACAUUUUGGAGCUUUCUGAAAGUUUUUCCACAAGAACAGAUAGAGAGUGAGAGAGGGAGACGCACUGGGAGCUUUUCACACCCACUGUCGCCCUAACAUCACCGGCUCUUCCUCGUGCGGGGAGAAUUGCUUUAAGUUGUUCUAACAGUGUAACGACACUCUCUCUGGACGUCCAGUUGCCUCCGGUCGUCAUGUCCUCCGGUGAUGUCUCGGAGCAGAGUCGGCGGGUGAGCGUGCUGUCUUGGGAUCAGGUGCGGCGUUUGGACUCCAUCCUUGGUGAGAGCGUACCGAUCCACGGCCGAGGAAACUUCCCCACGCUGUCCGUGCAGCCCCGGCAGAUCGUUCAGGUGGUCAGGGCUCGACUGGAGGAGCAUGGCGUAAUGGUACGUGAUGUUAAGCUGAAUGGUUCAGCAGCCAGCCACGUACUUCAUGAGGACAACGGCCUUGGCUACAAAGACCUGGACCUGAUCUUUGGCUUGAGUUUGACUGAUGACAAAACCUUCCGGCUGGUGAAGGACGUGGUGCUGGACUGCCUGGUGGACUUCUUGCCCGAAGGGGUGUGCAGAGACCGAAUCACAGCCCUUGCCCUAAAGGAGGCAUAUGUGCAGAAGCUGGUGAAAGUUUGCAACGAGACAGAUCGCUGGAGCCUCAUCUCACUUUCCAACAACACUGGCAAAAACGUGGAAUUGAAGUUUGUGGACACCCUGAGAAGGCAGUUCGAGUUCAGCGUCGACUCCUUCCAGAUUACUCUGGACUCAUUGCUGCUGUUUGACCGCUGCUCGGAAACAGCCAUGUCCGAGACCUUCCACCCUACAGUCCAGGGAGAGAGUAUGUAUGGAGACUUUGAGGAAGCUCUGGACCACCUCCGCUCCAAGACCAUCGCCACCCGCAGUCCAGAAGAGAUCCGGGGCGGCGGCCUGCUCAAGUACUGCCACCUGCUGGUGCGCGGUUUCCGUCCAUCUUCCGCAACUCAGAUGAAACAGAUGCAGCGCUACAUGUGCUCGCGCUUCUUCAUCGACUUCCCCGACAUAAGCGAGCAGCAGAGAAAGCUGGAGGGAUAUCUGCAGAACCACUUUGCGGGCAUGGAGGACAAGCGCUACGAGUAUCUGGUGACUCUGAGACAAGUGGUGGAUGAAAGCACUGUGUGUCUGAUGGGACACGAGCGCCGGCAAACGCUGGCUCUUAUUUCUGCCCUGGCACUGCGUGUAAUGGCUGAACAGAAUGCCAUCCCCGCUCUGUCCAACAUCACCUGCUACUACCAGCCUGCUCCCUAUGUCAGAGACGUCAACUUCAGCAAUUACUACGUGGCACAAGUUCAGUCACCCAUGGCUACGUGCAGUAACUCUUAUCAAACAUGGCUGCCUUGCAGCUGAGCUGUCUUUUAUCAGUGUGUGGAAAGUUUAUGUUUCUUUUUCUUUUUUGGACCUUUACUUUGAUGUAAGCAGAACAUUCAUUAACCGAAAUGUUCACCGUAAUGGGUCAGUGUUGUGUCGAGCAGCCUUGGCUGUAGAAGACAAUCCAUUCUUCUCAGCGUGAAGCUAUUUACAGGGUCUGCGAGCUGUACAUCUUAAGCUUCUGGCUCUGCUGCCUUCACGGAAUAGGUCUUUGUUUUGCUAGAUGAACUUGCGUUUCUAAAACAUGAAAUUAUAUUCUCAAUGUGUGCCUGUGAUUUGUUUUGAAUUUUUAAAGGAUAAUUUGGUAGGGAAAGUGAAGAUCGUAAGGAAAGGAGGGAGGCAAAUGACAUGUACUGAGGUUUGGCCAGACAGGAAGGAAUCUAACUGCCAACUCAUUGCUCAGGGCAUUUUCAUCCAAAAAACCUUUGUGCCCUAAACAUUCAAUUAAAAGGUCACACAGUUAUUAGCAUAGCAACUACACAAAGUUUAAUAUGUUAUUGACCCAACUCAUAAAAGAAUCUUUCCCGUCUUGCUGUCUGAUCAUCUGCAUAUUUACAGUACAGCUGAAUUCACUACCUUUUUGUUCUGUUUACAUAUUUUUCCUGUUGUGUUGAAUGAUUCUCACUAAUGUCAUUUUAUUAAAAGAUUUUUUUAAACAAGUGAUGAUAAGAAAGCCAGUUGCACAAAUUUACAUAUGCUCAAGCAUCUAAACCUGCUGCAAGUGGAAAAUGUUAGCAAAUCGACUGAAUUGUGUUAGAAAUGUGACAGCUGAAGAAAGAAAACAAGUUUCAGUAGUAUAUAGUUUAACAGCGAUGGAGCUCUUGAAGGUAGAACAUGAUGGAUUCUGAUACAUUGGGAUUUUAGGGUGUCAAGCGCUUGGUAUCCCUGUAACAAUGUGGCCAUGUUAUUUUGUCCCCCAACUUUGUUGUUUUGCCAACUCUUGUAUCAAAAAUAUUCCACUAAGUUAUAUCGAUUAACACUGCUGUAAAAAAAAAGAAAAAAGAAAUCUAAUAUGAGCCAUUAUAAUUAUACCUUUUUGUUCUGAUAUUUCAUAACCAAUGUGGAUGUAUAUGGAAAAAUAUGAAGGCUUUAUAUAUGAACUUUUUCAGUUUGUGUCUGACGUAGGCUCGGGUCUUAAUGAAAUGUAAAUACUGGUUACGAAACCAAACUUUUUUUUGUCAUUUUUUGUUCUGACUGUGGUUUCAGCUGACCUGACUGGGAGGGAAAAGGACCAAAGAAAUUCUUUGUGUAGCAUGACAAACAAAGACUGUAUAUGGUUUCAAGUGCCUGAAUAUGACCUUUGUAGUAGUUGUUAUGUAUGAACUGUUUUUGAAUCUUUUUCAUUCAGGUUACUGUAAGUUUCUAUAUCUAGGGUCAGGGUACUUGUUUCAUUAAAAAAAUAUCAAAAGUUUAACGAUCGUGAUACUUUGGUCUUUCUUUUCACAUUCUUGGAAGAGAAGUAAGAUGUGGAUGAUAAGAUGUUGACUCAAAUUUGUCUAGAGAUGUGCCGAAGAAAUGCAUACUUUAUCUUCGGUCGGUGUAUCGCACUUUCCCAGUUUCAGUCGCUGUAGAUCUCCCUCUGUCUAUGUUUCACUAUCUUUCUCAAUCACACGCAAACCGGCUUGUGUGUUGUCUGUCUUCCAUCAGCUAGACAAAAACACUUAUUUGUUCAAGCUCUGUGCCUCCCUUUUUUUGCCUCCCUGAGCAGUGUUUUCCCCUGAGCCUGCACCUGUGCAUUAGUCACGUCUAGCUAGCUGUGAAUCUGACAAAGGUUUGCCUUUGCCUUAUAGUCUCAAAAAUGGAGAUCUUUAUUACCUUGGAUGAGUUGAGCUCUAAUAGGUGCUGCUGAGGGCCAGGUGGUAAAAUGGAAAUGCUGCCUUUUACGUAAUGUCACGAUAUACAUGAUAUACUGAUGAUGAGCAUGCUUUUUAUUUAUCACCAAUAAAAAGCAAUCACCAA